AAUUCAUUCCGCCCUAGGUGUCAGUAGCUCAGUACGGCCAACGAAAGAUGGCAUUCUGUAUCAUCUUGAGAUGGAGUGGUCAAAAAAGGAGAAAGAGAUUGAAAAUAUCCUUCAAGAACUGGAUGAGAUGAUCCCCAACAUUACGUUCAGGGAUAUAAAGACUGUCACAAGUGCCAAGAACAGCCAAGCCACCAUCGUAAACCGCCAGGACACUUACUGUGUGGGAGACCACUUGGCGGUUCGUCUGGAUCUCUACGACCAUGUGGGGAAGAGGAAGGAGCAUGGCGGAGAUUUCCUACGAGCGAGGAUCUACUCACAGAACCUCGAGGCUGGCGCCUCUGGACUUGUCCAGGACCACCGGAACGGGACGUAUCUGGUCGAUUUCACUUUAUUCUGGGAGGGGAACGUCAGCAUUUCCCUCUUGCUCAUCCACCCCAGUGAAGCUGUUUCUGCUCUUUGGAGAGCGAGGAAGAAAGGCUACGACAAAAUAGCUUUCACAGGUAAAUUUUUAAACGGAACUUCAGCCGUCAACACUGAAUGUGGUUUCAAGCUGAACCGAAAGCAGGAACUGUGCGCUUAUCUGGACGAGAGAGACCAGGAGGCCUUCUACUGCGUGAAACCCAAGAACGUACCUUGUGAAGCUUUUGUUCAGCUGAAGACCCACAACACACCCAUCUCGUAUCUCACAGGCAUGGAACAGAGCCUUUUAAGAAGGCCAAACCUUGGAGUUGAGAUUCCUUGGCCAUUCAAGGACAUUCAUGUCGUACCCUGUAAUGGAACCAAGACGGCCAAGGAGACAUGUCGGGUUGGGAUGGCCUCGCCCGUGCCGAGUGGCUACGUUCUUCAUAAUGUUUGGCAUCCAGGAUUUUGCUCAGUGACUGAUUUUAGCACCCUGGCGAAAAUCCAAACCUGCCUAAAGAAGAAAAUGGUUUAUCUCAUGGGAGAUUCGACAUCGUUCCAGUGGGUGACCUCCCUUUUGAAAAGGGUAACAACCCUCAGGUAUUUUGAUACUCACCCGGAUGCUCCAGCGUUCAACACCCGUGUGGCUGUGGACCUGGAAAGGAACACAUUUAUCCAGUGGAAGAAACACGGGCACCCCAUCGUGACCCUCGCCUUCUAUUCAGUCAAAGACUUAGAUUACAUCGCUCGGGAGAUUGACCGAGUGGCAGGGGACAGCGACACGGCCGUCAUCCUUGCCCUGGGCCAGCAUUUCCGUCCGUUCCCCAUCGAUAUUUUUGUUCGAAGGGCGGUUAACAUCCGCAAUGCUGUUGAGCGCCUUCUUCUGAGAAGCCCAGACACCAAAGUCAUUGUCAAAGCAGAGAACAUUCGAGAAAUGAGAGGAGAUAUGGAACGGUUCGGUGAUUUCCAUGGCUAUAUGCAGAAGCUGGCCAUGCAACGCAUUUUUCGAAGUCUCAAGGUAGGCAUGAUCGAUGCCUGGGACAUGACGGUUGCCUACAACACUGACAAUGUCCACCCCCCUGAGGAUGUGGUUUGGAACCAAAUUGUGAUGUUCUUAACAUACUUCUGUUAGUCGGGAUGACCUUGACCUCUGACACCAUCCAAGAAAACCAUGUUGUCUAUCUGUUGUAAAGAGCAUCCAUGAUGCACAUAGAAAUGGUGGAAGUAAUUACUGGGCAGAGCUGAGAAAAGUUACAUUUCGGACAACAACUCUGUUUCUUUCCUCUCUUUUUUUACAGCAUUUGCUUUGGGUUGUGCAAUAGACUCAAAUCAGCCCCCAAAGAAAAGGUGGACUAGAAUAUUCUGAAUAAAUACCUAUUGUGUGUGCCCGUUUUUACUGACAAAAAAGGAAUUUCUCCAAACUCCCUUUCAACCUGCCACUGCCUUUGACUCUAAUGGCUGCUUUCUGGACAUGAACAUGUGUUGAGGCUGUAACCUGGCAGGGUAGAUUCCCUCUGGGGGAGGGGGAACUAACCAUAUCCGUUGAGUAAAUAAACCCACAGUAAGGUGUUCCUGGGCGUUGACAGCUAUGCACGUCCUUCCUGGCUGUGGUAGAUAAUCAAAGACUUUGGUUCACAGUCUCAGUAGUGCUGGGGGGUGGGGAGAUGAUGAAUGUAAAAGAGCGUGGAAUCCAGAAGACGAAGAGGAAAGAAGCAUUAAGGGGGGAAAAAACUGAAUGCAAUAAAAACCGACAUUUUGUCUCCAG